GCUUUCAGAAACAAACCUAAAGCUCUGCUUCAUAGUAAUCACUUUGAUUCUCCUCACCAACAACCUAAAUCCUACUAAUGUCCUAGCCAUAGCUUUGGGGCACACUGUUUACUUAUGGGAUGCUUCUAGUGGUUGUAUAUCUGUGCUUGUGACCAUUGAUGAAGAGAAGGGACCUGUCACAAGUUUAAACUGGACGCAAGAUGGUCGUAAUCUCGCAGUUGGUCUUGAUAACUCUUAAGUGCAGAUUUGGGAUUCUGUUUCCAAUUGUCAACUGAGAACAUUGAAAGGUUGUCACCAGUCAAGAGUAGGAUCAUUGGCAUGGAAUAAUCACAUUCUAACAACUGGAGGAAUGGAUGGAAUGAUCAUUGAUCAUCAACAAUGAUAUGAGGAUGAGAUCAUCCAUUUUGGGAACUUACGUGGGUCACACUCAAGAGGUUUGUGGUCUUAAGUGGUCAGAAUCUGGACAACAACUAGCAAGUGGUGGUAACGACAAUGUAGUAUAUACAUAUGGGAUCGUUUCUAUCGCAUCCUCAAACUCAACUAGGCAAUGGUUGCAGAGGUUUGAGGAACAUAGAGCUGCUGUGAAAGCUCUUGCGUGGUGUCCUUUCCAAGCGAGUCUGCUUGAAACUGGUGGUGGUGUAGAAGAUGGGACUAUUAACAAAAGUGAAAGAGAGUUGCUUAGCUCACAUGGGUUUACACAGAAUCAGCUUACACUUUGGAAGUAUCCAUCUAUGUUGAAAAUGGCUGAACUCACUGGUCAUACAUCAACAGUUCUUUUUAUGACACAGAGUCCGAAUGGUUGUACCGUGGCUUCAGCAGCAGGAGACGAGACUCUUAGAGGAGGAAUCGAAACCGGAGGGGAGGGACUAGCCUCUUCAGCUAAGUCACUAGCUCAAGCUCAAGAUUCUCCUCUUCACGAUAACUUUGCUGAUUACUCUUCGAUCAAUCAUGACCGGUCUGGAGCAGGCAGCCGUAGCUCUCGUUCAGAACACGACAAGGUCACAGUGAGCAAGACGACAGCUAUGAGACAGAACUCCAUGAAAGAGGUUUCACUUGCAAGUGAGAUCGAUGGAAGUUAACUUCAACGACUACUCUCAUCGUAACAGUGGAGUAUCUAAAGAUGUUGACAUUCACACCAUCUUUAACAGUCGUUCCUUAACAUAAAUCUUAGGAAUUAUA